AUGGCACCUGUCAUACCUCAUUUUCCCGACGAUGCACGUCUGUCAGGGCCCGAGAUGCCUCAACGUCUGCUGCCGGGGUUGGAGGAGAGUAGUGGUGCGCUCUAUGAGAUUGGAGUCGCGGACGACGGAACUAUUGUUGGCUUGGCAGAAGACGAGAUGGAAGAGAGCCUGAACAAUUUGCGCGCCAUGGCUGCAAGCUUGGGCUGUGGAGUCAAGGUCAUGCGCAGGGUUCCUGUAGGCGAUUGCGAGUGGACAGAGGAUUCCGGCACCGCAAAACAGAGGGUUGUAAAAUCGCAAUUGCUAGUUGCCGAAGCUCUGGUCCGCCCAGAACAGCACUUGAUCGACCAUACGAAGAGUAAUGAGCAGGAUGCAUCCGACAUGCCGUCUGACGCCAGUGUGAGCAACAUGGGGGCGCCGGCUAGCGAGUCCCCGAGAGUCACCGAGCAGAUGCGCGUAUCCGUGACUGGCGCCACCAUGUCCGGUAAAUCUAGCCUACUGGGCACGCUUUCCACCGCUACGUUGGACAAUGGCCGAGGAAAGAGUCGCUUGAGUCUUCUGAAACACAGACACGAAAUCGCAUCUGGCAUGACCAGCUCUGUCACUCAGGAUCAGCGGAAACCGGUCGACUUGUGUUUCUCUCUGACUCAGCUGGUCAUCCUCGAUUUAGACGCACCACAGUCCGUGGAAUCGUUGGCUGCUGACAACACCGAUGAGUCCUCAGGCAAGCUUGGAGCAUCACCCUCAGCUGAAGAAAUACUCGGCCCAGCAGCAGCAGAUCUGGAUCUGUCUCAUGCACACCUUCAGUUAUGCCUCGCUCUGGAACUGCCGCUUGUGAUUGUUAUCACGAAGUUCGAUUUGGCUACCAGAACCGGCUUGGGAAACAUCUGUAACAAGUUGUUUUCGGUAUUGAAAAAGCACAAGAAGACGCCUUGUCUCAUCAGUGAUGCAGCUACAUCUGUGCUAGAGGCCGAUCUACACACAAUUGAUGGAGGAGAUCCUAAGAUCGACAAUGCACUGAGUCUCCUUGCAGACUCACCACUUGCGGCAGUGCCGAUAAUUUUGACUAGCGCCGUCAAAGGAACAGGAAUCCGGAAGCUUCAUGCAUUCCUUCGAGAACUGCCCAUGCCCAAGGAAGUGACUCUACCUGCACCUGCAGCAGCUUCGCCACUCUUUCAUAUCGAAGACGUCUACAGCGUCCGCACAGAUACAUCAAAUCAUCGAUCUGCGAUCAUUGGGGGCUACCUCCGUUACGGGUCUCUGGCUGUUGGCGACGAGCUACUAUUAGGACCCUACCCUGUCGAUGUAAGCUCUGACGACAGCGACAGCGGUAGCGCAAUACCAAAUCGCAAGCCAUCUAUUCCGCAAUCAAGGUCAUUUCCUGGCGCACUAAACACAAAGUCGAAGAACGCCUCAUUGCGCGAUCGGCAUAGUGAAUGGCGACGCGUCCGCAUUACCUCUCUGCGUAAUUUGCGUCUACCCGUGCGAAAGCUGCAUACAGGUCAGGUCGGGACCAUGGGCCUCGCACCCGUCGAUACACCGAUUGUUAGUCCAUCAAUAAACAGAAUACGCAAAGGCAUGGUACUGGCGGCUCGCGAGCCUAAAGCGCACAAAGUCAUUACAGUGCGAUUCGAAGAGGGGCAAGCAGAAGGCGUCAAGGAUCUCGGUGUCGGUAGCGCAGUCGUCGUCUACAUUGCCAGCGUCAGAGCUUCAUCGAAGGUACUUUCCGUUUCUGCUGAACGUACCGAAGCCCCUGCGCUGAACAUUAAUGGAGACGAUGAUGCUUUCGGGUUCGGCUUUGACGAUGAGGUGGAGAAGUCAGCAACUGAGGGUGCGGUCAUUGUGACCUUCCAAUUCAUCGCUUCGCGCGAGUUCGUAGAGAUGGGUGCCAAGGUGUUGGUCAUGCCUGGUGGUGGGCCAGGGCUUUUCGGGGGUAAUGAGAGGGGUGCCAAGGGUAUGGCUGGGCUGGAAGGGUUUGUUGGCAGAGUAGUGGACGACGCUUAG